AUGGCACUGUGGCAGGGAAGAGGGGCGUGUGGAGGUUUUGCAGAGGAGCCUUUGAGUCGAUUCAAAGGGAGGACGGGGUCUCCUGGCCAAAAAAAAAAAAAAAAAAAAAAAAAAAAAAAUAAUAAUAAUAAUAAUAAUAAUAAUAAUAAUAAUAAUAAUAAUAAUAAUAAUAAUAAUAAUAAUAAUAAUAAUAAUAAUAAUAAUAAUAAUAAUAAUAAUAAUAAUAAUAAUAAUAAUAAUCCCGCACUGUUAACAGAGUUACAGAAGAAAACAAGAACAAAAUCCGAUGAAGAUGGCGGAAUGAGCAGACUGAGGUCGUUCUUUAGGCGCCUCAAAAACGACCUCAAAGAGUAG